GUGAUGCUGAUUGGGGCUGGACAGGAGCAGAGAGUGAGAAAGAAAACCAUUGCUGGGGUGAUAAAGUCAGCAAGAUAAACAGAUUAUUAGAAAAAAUAUUCUUAAAGAUUAACUAAUGGAUGAAGCAUGUCAUCAGUUCACCAUGGGCCUGCGCGAAUUUAUAAAGGAUUAUUUUCUUGGCUUCUGGGACUAUGAGACACCAAAGGUGAUGGUGGUGAAAAACAGAACUCUUGGAGUUAUAUACAGAGCAGUUCAGUUUCUUGUGAUCACCUAUUUCAUCUGGUAAGCUUCAUGAUGUAUUUUCUGCAUGCCAACUGUAUGUACUAAAAAGUACAAAUUGAACAUCAAAACUUCCUGUAACUUUAACAUCAUGUGUUGGUUGUCAUUUUUCAUUCAGGAGGUACAGUGAAUACAAGUUUGUGUUUUCCUGGCAGUGAAUUUCUCUGUGUGAAAAGGUUGUAAAAUUAAAAAAACAAACUAGUGCUACUGUUAAUCCUCAAACCCAUUUGUUGUAGUUUUGUGCAACUGAAAUCCCUAAGAGAAAUUAAAUGGAAAUAAAUGAAAAGGAUAACUGAUGGAGAGAUGUCUUAUCUACUCAUGGUUUACAUUAUGUCAAUCAAAAGACAUUUAACUUGAACCACGCAGUCUAAUUUUGAUGCCAGUUAUUAUUAUUUUUAUUUUUUUUUGCCUGUUAUUUUUUAUCCAUAUGACUGUUGUAAUUCUGAAAGUACUCCUCAGCUAAGAUGUCUUGAACAUCACAAAUGAUGUGCAUCAUGUUUUCUUCCAUUUUGGUUUCAGUAAGGAGGGCUGAACAGCUCUUGUGUAAUGUGAUACCUCCAGUUUAUCUUGACGUCAUAGGAGAAAAUGUGAUAUUGGGUCUGUCUGUUCUAUAAAUCUGAAGGUAUGUCUUCAUAAGUCAGAAAGCCUACCAAGAGAGUGAAACCCGUCCAGAGAGCUCAGUUUACACACUCAUGAGAGGCUCAGCAGUUCACGGUGACGAGAUCUUUGACACUGUGGAAUACGCUCGGCCUUCAGAGGUGAGUUUAGAAAAAAGGCAGAGUUCUCUUAAAGAAGUCUCAUAUGAAGACCAGUGACAUUUGUGCUUUUUUCUCUCAAAGGGUGGGGAUGUGAUUAGCACAAUAUUGAGACGAGAAAUUACUUAUGAUCAGAAGCAAGGAACCUGUGCAGAGGUGAGAGGUCAACUUGAGUUUUUAUAACAAUAACAAGAAAGCACAUUUGUUAAACCUGCUCUCCUGUGAGGUCAAAUAUAUCUGUCCUGUUUCACUGCAGCAUUUCAACGUUGCGAAUGCAAACUGUACGAAAGACUCUGACUGUGUUGAGGGAGAGGUUGACUUUGAUGGCCAUGGUACAGUGUUUAGCCUUUUCAAAUUUUGUUUACAAGCUUGGAUAAUCAAAAUGUACCAUCAUAUUUUAUAGUUUUGGAACACUUUGUUUCAGGCAAAAGGACUGGCAGAUGUGUUCAGUACUACAACUACACGUUCAAAACCUGUGAGAUACAAACCUGGUGUCCUAUUGAGGAGUAUGCUGUGGUACGGUAAGGAGGAUGAGGGAAAUUCUUUUAAACUUGUUUGGGUCAUGUUCAAGUAAGAUUUAUUAAUUUUGAGUAAUUCAGGAAAAAUGUAAGAUGAAAUAAUUGUCGUCAAAGCUUCAAUCCAUAAAUAAGACAGGCCUUUUGGAAAUAAAAUGCAGAAACAGAUCCUCGUGUUGGGAAUGAAAAGAAUAUAGUUUUUUAGUAAUUGUUUUUUGCUAAGAAGCACAGAUGAAUUUUAUGUCUUCAGGCCUUAAAAAAGGGAGGUAAAGUAAUUAUUUUGUUGAACUAUUUAUUGAUGAUAAAAGCAAAGCAAAAGCAAAGCAAACUGCAACUGCAACAAAAUCAAUGUGCAGGACACUGCGCUUCACAACAAAAUGCAUUCAGUUAACAAUGUUUUUUUUUUCUUUUUUAAUAAAAUUUCUUAGACCAGGAAAUGAAUGGAUUUUAUGGAAUAACCUAUGGAAGUCAUCUGGGGUGGGUCCUAGUUUUAAGGUCACUGUGUUGAGCUCCUGUCAAUUAUGAGACCCCAUUUGUUGUGACAAAUGAAUUUUUAGAGGCCUACUGUUACAGAUACUGGAUACAAAAAAAGACUAACGGUCAGAGUUAAAUCUCAAAUAAAUGCUGAAAAAACAAGCUAACAAGACGAAAGAUUUGUUCAAUAUUUUGGGCAAAACUGAGAACAUCAAUUAUGUAAGAGUAUUUUCUUGGUCAUAGAUGUACACAAAAGGUUGUCAGUAUAAGAUUGUACUGGGAGUAGUUGUGACUGGCAGAAAAAACAAGCUAAAUACUAAAACUAGCUGAAAAGUACAGUACAGUUUACCAUAUCUUACUUUGUGUCUUUUACAGAGAGCCAGCUCUAGAGGAAGCCAUAAAUUUCACUGUGUUCAUCAGAAACUCUAUCCACUUCCCAAGAUUCAAAGUGCUCAGGUAAAGAACUUUCACACUCGAUCACAGUAAGCACACUCACACUGGGGCUGACAUGCUCAGGCACUGGAGCUGCAGAAAUUCUGAAGAGCUGCUGUCUUUGUCUAUGGCAGAGGGAAUAUCAAAGAUGCUUCAAACAAACGCUCCAUGCGAAAAUACCUCAGGAAGUGUUAUUAUAAUGAAGAGAAAGAGCCCUACUGUCCAAACUUUCGUCUUGGCUACAUCGCAAAACAGGCGAGGGAGAAUUUCAGUGAGCUCUGCAAGACUGUAAGUAACAGAUCGGCACAGGGAAAUGCACUGAUGAUUUGACUCAGGAAGGUUUUUGUUGUAAAAUGCUGUCUAGUUAAAGAAAAAGGAAUUGGGUAACAUUAAAAAUGGUGUAAUUAGAGACAUGUCCAGAGAGGUGGCCAGGGGAUAGCACUGAGCCCUCACUGAAACCUGAGUGAAUGGACUUCGUGACCCCAGACAUUUAGACAUUUAUUCAUCCAGAAAGUCUUACUUUUUGGACACACCUUGAAACUGUUGUAUUGAUUGGUGUUUGUGUCCACACUGUCUCUAGCAUGGCUGAUGUGGUGGAGAAUGGUCUCAUAGAAGGUUAAGACAUAGAGAGUAAAUGCCAUUAAUGCAUAUUUGUACAUACACAAACAUACCCUUGCCACUCCCGUCUUCAUCAGUGCCUCAGUUGGGCCAGUCAAAAAGCCUAGACAUGUUCCUGUAUUUAAAACUGUAAUGAUACUGCAUUGUUCAAGAUGAGAUUAUUGCUGCUUUUGCACAGGGUGGAGUGAUAGGGGUUUUCAUCAACUGGAAGUGUAACCUGGACUUGGAUCCUUCUCACUGUAAACCUACUUAUUCCUUCCGUCGUCUUGAUCUACGAAAGGAUCAGGCUAGCUCUGGAUACUAUUACAGGUGAGGCUAACACUGGAUUUGUUAUUGAGUACUUCACACAGCAUUUGUCACUUUGAUUGACUAAUUUCCCAAUCUUUAACCCUGCGAUGUUUGUGUAAAUAUUCAGGUUUGCCAAAUAUUACAGAAAGGACGGGGUUGAGUCUCGGACACUUAUCAAGGCUUAUGGCAUCCGUCUGGAUGUCAUAGUUCAUGGACAUGUAAGUAGAUAAUCAUUACUGCUGUUUACCGUCAGUUAACGAUGAUAUAUGAUUAAUAAAUUAUGUCUUUUGUAGGCUGGCAAAUUCAGUCCCAUCCCAACAAUUAUCAGCACUGUGACGGCUAUGACUUCAGUUGGGAUAGUGAGUAAUUACUGCGUCUCAGCUGAAGACUUUGAACCUGCAGUGAAGCUCUUUUCACCUCAAAACUUUCUUUCUUUCUUUCUUCUUUUUAAAUCUCACCCCUCUAGUGCACCAUUAUCUGUGAUUGGAUCAUGCUGACAUUUAUCGACAAGAAUGAGGUCUACAGUGAGAGAAAGUUUGACGAGGUUAGUAACCACUACAUCCCUAUUUUUGGACAGGUUAUAUUUAAACAGCUCUGAGUAGGGCUGGGCGAUAAAACGAUAACUAUACAUAUGAAAAAUUUGAUUUCCCUCAAUAUCAAUAUAAAACAUGGUCAAUAUCCUUUUCAAUAGUCAGCAUUCUGCCAGGUUUGGUAGACUAUAUGAAUAGCCAAUGAAAAGGGGAAUUGCUCCGGGUCCGCUCCGUGCUGAACCAAUCAUGUGCUGAAUUAGAACCGAGUAGCAAACAACUGCGUAAUAGCAGACUGCAGCUGCACUGUAGCAGUGCUACAGGGCAGAGCAUACACAGUGCAAAAGGUUACAAACCCUGCAGAAACAGCCGACCAUUCAGUGCGAUUUCUCUAGCGCAACACCUUACGACAAAAUGUCGAAGAGGCACAAAGACCUCACAGAUGCAGUAGCUUAUUGUAUUGCUAAAGACAUGCUACCAAUAAGCACUGUUAAAUUUCAUUUUUUAUAUCGUGAUAUACAUAUCAACUGACAUGAGAAAAAUAUAUUGUGAUAAACUUUUUCCAACAUCGCUCAGCCCUAGAUGUAAUGUAAAGUCACACGUAUAACAUACAUUUUAAUGGUUGCUGAUUCAGCACAUUACACUGAGCAAUUACUAUCAAACACAAGUAAGGAUUUCCCUCUCCAACAGAUCAACAGAGAGCCCUCAGUGACCCUUCCAACAGAGCUCAGCUACAUCAACAGCUACGGCUCAAACCAUUCAGACCUGUCAGACGGCGUCCCUCUUUAAUGCUGUCACAGUUGCCUCAAGUCACUGCUGGUCAAGAGUUUGGACUUUACUCAACCAGCUGACUGUGGCAACAACUCUGAGAGGUUCGUCAGAUCAGUGACUGGACUGCCAGCAGCUGCUAUGGUGUGGUUUUUUGGAAAAGGAGAGACAGAGGACAUUGGAAAACAGCUGGUUUGCAGUGGAUUCAUUUCAUGUAUCAUCUCAAACUUUGAUGGACUCGAACUUUACAGCAGUGCAUCUCUUUCGUUUCUUUCACCUUGUCAUUGUUUUGGAGGAUGUCUUUAUUUACACAAUCAUACAGCCUAUUACCGUUUAUAUCUCUGUAUUACAGAUAUUCAACGUCAUUUAAAAAGUAAUGUCUGUAUUUAUCAACUCAGAAACAAGCAUUAAAAUGAAUUUCUCUGCUCUUGUAAACCUGUAUUAGACACAUAAAACUGUGCUCCCUGUUUUCAGAAUCUACAUGUUCUCAUUCAUUUCCAUCCAUCUUUAAACCCGAUGUGUGCAAGAGGAAACGGCCAGGAGAUGCAGAGAGAGAGAGAGAGGCAAUGAGCAGUAAUCAAAUAACACUGACAUUUCCCAUAAAACGGUUUCCCUAACAAGAUUGGGGGAAGUGUGAAUCCAUCUGAGCCACUGAGAGCAAUACAAAUGUCAGUGGUAAAGAGAAUGACUUAAGAUUAAGUCUAAUGGAUCGAUGUCUUGCUAUGAUGGAUGAGGGGCUACAAUGGACGGUGACAAAUUGGUUAGAAAAGUGUGUUUAUGACAUGAAAAUGAGGAAUGUAAAAUCUAAGCUUCAUACUUUGUUAAUUUAUUUCACUGCUGAGCUCAGUGUCUCAGCAUCUAAGACAUCUAAACAUUGAAAAUGUAAAGAGUUUAGUCAAAGGGCCUGUAAGUGCUUCAGUUGUCGGCCUACAUGUUCAGUGUGUGUCUGUGAGAAGCUCCAAGAAGCCAAUCCAAUUGUGUUUCAGAUCAGUCUAGAAUGUGAUUACUUGUCUGGGAGACACCCAUCAGCAGGAAAAGUGAGUCAUCCAUGGGCAAAUGAGGUUAAAGCGAUGGAGAUUCAUGGGUUAAGAUCUUUGUAUUGGAGAUCUGCUCACAGUAAAUCAGCUGCUAUGGAAAAGACCCUCUCAGCCUCUAACAGCAGAUCAUGUAUUCAAUACUGCACAGAAAUGCUGAAUCUUACUGUCACUGUGAAUUAUUUCAGGCUGUCACAAUUUAAACAGGAUUUCAGUUUAAAUAAUUAUUCCUAAAAAUGACAAAACUGAAAAGUCAGCUUUAGCUUCUCAUAAAUACUUGCAGAUGCUCAUGAUUUUUGGGGGUGUAGUCAUGGUGGGUUACUGACACAGGAGGAUAUAUCAGAUGAGUUCCAGUAGGCUAGUACUUGUGAGGUCCAAAGACCCUGGGGGCUACAGUUGUGUUACAUAGUGACACUGAAAUAUGUGGUGUCACCAGGGGAACUGACACAUGAAAAUGUAACGACUUGCCAUCAGUGACUUUUCUGUAAACUGAAAAUUAAACAUUUCAGCAAGAUUGAAAAGAUUCUGAGGAGAUAUG